CCAAAUUGCGAUCUCGAUCGUUGUUGCUGUGCUGUCUCUCGCACGGUCCGUUAGGUAAAAAUAGAAUAAAGUAGCAUAAGUUCAGUGGCUGUAAUUUUAGGCCGCUUAUUUACCUACAUUUUGAUUCCUUCGGUAACUUCAGACUGUAUUCCUGCAAGCUUUGAAGUCGCCAUUCGUGAACAAUAUCAAUAUCAGGCUUCUGGUGGGAGUGUGUCAAAAAUCCAUUGCAAACGUUAAACGUCAGAUUCUGGAUAAAGACAGGAACUUGAAGUGAUUUUGCUUUUUGUUUGUUUUAUUUGACUUCAGCCAUGAUGAACUCAGCUCAGCCACCACCAGCUGCUGGUCAGCCAGGCCAGCCUCAGCAGCUGCCGCAGCAGCAGGCCCCCUCCAACCAGGCACCCUGGUGGAUGAAGUAUGCAGCCAAGGCCCUGGGUGCUGUGGGAGGACUUAUCGCCAUCGGUCUGGGCGCCUUCAACUGUGUCACUGUUACUCCCCUGUACCUGCUGGCGGGCAUCUGGCAGAUCAUGGCCGGCUUUCUGGUGACAGUGCUGGAGGCGCCGUUCCUCUGCAUGUUCAUCGACUUCGUGCAGAACCUCAGCAAGAAGAUGGAGAACGCCUCAGCCUUCUUCAAGGGCGGUCUCUACAUCGCGAUCGCCAUUCCCGCCGUGCUCAUGUGCCAGACGGCGUCCAUCAUUAUCGGAUCGGGACUCAUCUUCUCGGCCGGCGUACUGAACGGCCUGAUGGCUCUCGGCAAAAAGGCGUCGCGGGAGGAGAUGCUGGGUAACGCCGCCUCCGACAAAGUACCGAUCGUGGUUGAUCCGCAGCCGAUGGCCACAUCAUAGGCAGCCGGAGCCGGCCGGCCGCCCCCGCCGCUGUGGAAAAGAUGGAGGAGAGCCACCGCGGCGGGACGGCCGGGCCGUCGGCUGGGUAUUUAUUGGUGAGCGGCAGCGGCCACCGCCGGAAUUCUGUGUUAACCGGGAGAGGCUGGAACCGUGUAGGGGUUCGCUGUGGUCUCUGUGUUUAGGCAGCGAGUUAUAGGUAUCGUGGUCGGCUCUGGACGAAUGUAGGCGAAUUGAUUGUCGGAUAGGGAUGUUGGGAUGAAUGUGACGAUUGGUUAGCCCAGUGAUGAGAGAGCAUAUCUAAUCUAAUUACCCCGGCCUAGUGACACGGUCGUCCCUUUAGAAGUCAUUUGUUGUUCAGACUGGCAAAACGUGUAGUCAGCUUACCGGCUCGACGCAACACUAGACUUACUCACAGGCUUACCAGCACAUCGCGGAGUAUUUCUGUGUCUACGAUUCCGUGGUUCACUACCAGCUGUGAUUUACCGACUCGAUGUGUUCGCGGCGGUAGACGCGAGGUCUCUGAACCCCUCUCUAGACGACCGGCGUGGUCUCGAUUAGGUUAGAGUCACGUCCCGGGGUACCUAUCGAGUCACCAUCGACGGCUGACUCGGGUGACUCUUUAGACCAGUCCGACGAACCGGACUGUUCAGUUCAUCAAACCCUCUGUGUUCCGGCCGGCCAGAGAGCGGGAUUUUUCCUGGUCCAUGUGCUCUCUGCGCCCGCUACGACCCCGUGUGCGCGUAGAUUAAACUCCUCUGAUUUCUCUGCACACGAGAGCUGUCUAAGCAGGUAGCCAAGACGCAUCUGUGUUGCGGUUUGAGCGUCAGCGCCGCCAAGGAGUAUUUAGAACCAUUCGGCGGAGACUGCGCCCAUGCAGUGGGGCGGAAUGACUAUGACGGGCUAGGUCGCGUCGCCUAGUCCUAGAUCAAACAGGUGCUGGUGCCAUGGCGACUCGGUAGCAAUGCGGCCGCGCGCCAGAAAGACUGUAAUCGAUGCUUGUCACUAAACGUAGUCGCUCGUUUGGUUCGCUCGGGUGCAUGUGUAUGUAAUUUAAACGAACGUGUACGAGUAUAGCCGUCUAUUCUGUCUGUCGCUCAGUAGUGGGCUGUAGUAGGGAAUUUACCCGUAUUUUCGCCCGCCACCCGGUCACACAGUCAGUGGCUGGUGGCGUGGAUUCGGGCUUUGUUAUCGUGUACAUAUAACCAUACCACUGUCCGUACUCUGGUGAGAGCUGUUUCACGUGGCACGCGGGCCUGUGUUCCCGUAGACUUCGCUUCCACUGUAGCUCCGUCGCUGUCACUCUGAGCUUUGCCCGGUCCUGCAGAGCACCCCGGCACCCUACUGGAUAUGCCGUCAGCGAUAGGUGGAUCGGAACGAUUGGGGGUACCGGCCCCGCGGUCAGCGAUAUGACAUUCCCAGAGAUCGGUGGACGGAUGGUAGGCCGGACGGUGGAAGGCCCAGAGUCAAUACACUGUGUUCGGUGUGAA